GCAAUAAAAGAAGUAGCCCUAAGGCAUCUGUUGAGGUUAUCAAGAUAGAGAACAGCACCACAAGAAGCAACCAUGCCGACAGAAGGAGGGAAAACGGAUAUGGAGAGGAUUGGCCUCUUCAGUGAGAUGGAAUAUAUCUCUGUCGGUGAUAAAUAUGUGUCCCAAUUUAAUCGACCCUUUAAUGAGGCUGCAAGCAAAAAUAGACAGAUGCUAUCUGGGGGAUCCAAAAUAUUGUCAGAUCUCCAGGCAGGUUAUUUUGAUCCCCAUUUUGAAAGGAUUUUUGAAGGUGAAGGCUACGUAAAUCUGAAUCAAAUGAGGAGACGGUAUAUGAUGGAAGAAGCCAAAAAAAAUCUAGGCAAAGCCUUCCUCCCUAGUAGUGGAGAUAAAAAGCCAUGUGGAUUAGGAAGCUACUACGGAACAAUUGGUGGUCCAGUUCCAUUCUUCAGUGCACUGUCAAAACCCAGAGAAAAAUAUCAGGCACCUGGAAAGAAUUUAUACACAAACCCAGGAAAGAAAGGAACUGGAUAUGGCUAUGCCAAUGUUACCAUAGGUAAACAGUUUUCACACUCUGCUGAUUUCUAUGAUGCACCAAAACUAAAUUAUAAGCGAGAUAAUGAAGAACACCUUCGUCUACUUAAAGGGUCACCUUUCAAGUUAAAUCUUUACCCAAGGGAAUAUUUUGACAGUAAUCCUUAUUUUUCGGAGAAACCUUUACCACCAAUUAAAAAAGAAGAAAAGAAAGUAUUACUUUCAAUCCCCUUUAAACCCUCUUCUCCUGGUAAAAAGGGUGGUGGAAUGAAGGCAGGAACAUUUGACCCUUACCCAUCACAUUCUGAUGACCCUUAUGUGGUUAAAUUGGCAAAGCACAUUUCCAGAAAAGAUGAAAAGAUUUUCCAUCCUCCAAGUGGACCAAAAAGCAGACCAGUUGAAAGUAUAAUGACUUUGAAUGUCAGGAGGGCACUAAAUAUGAAGAACUACAAGACUGCUUCAGUCCAAUCCUAUUAGCAACUGGAAACCAAGUAGUUUUUUAGAUCCUGACUGCAAGUAAUUAUUUGAAAAAAAUAUAAGAUGUUGUGGAACAUAUAGCCCAGGCAUUUAGAAGAAAUUUAAACCUGCAACUCAUAUACUUUUCCUCAUUUCACUACUACUACUUAAUUAAUAAAUAGUAUUUACUAAUAAUUUAA